UUUUCUGUCUUUGCCUCCUGCCCCCAUGUUACCUCAUUACCAACAGACAAUGCAUUUGGAUGGAGAAGAGGGUAGUUAUUACCUUCUAAUGCAGCAAGAAAGGUUGAGCCUUGUGCAAUUUUGGAAUCAAAAAAUGCUAGAGAUUCCUAGUAUUUCAGAUUUUAAGGGCCAACAUGCUUUACCUCUCGCAAGGAUCAAAAGAAUCAUGAAAGCAAACCGAAAUGUUAAGAUGAUUAGUGCGGACAGUCAAAUACUAUUUGCCAAAGCAAGUGAAUUGUUCAUCCUAGAGCUCACACUUCGAGCAUGGUUUCAUGCGGAAGCCAACAAACGCCGAACUCUGCAACCAUGUGAUAUAGGGAGAGCCAUACGAUGUUACCCAACUCUGCAUUUCUUGACAAACAUUGCUCCCGAUGUGCAUAAGGAAGAGCACAGUGAAAAUAUUUCAGGAGGAGCAGGAUUUGUUGUGGCAAAUGACGAAGUACAUUUUCCUGCAGCAAACCAUGAAUUAAUAAUGUGGAAUCAUGAAAUUCCUUGUUCUGUUCAGCUGCCACCUAUUGCUUCUUCAGAAAUGGUGAACAAAAAUGCUCCCAAGCGAGGAAAAUGUGAUGGAGGCAUGUGAAAGCUCUUGAUGGUUUGGAAAAAGCGUCAUCUUAUGUUUUGUGGAAUA